CAAGAAAUCAACCUCCUCCUCCAUCCUCCCCUUUGAUUCCAGACCUGACAUCUCCCUUUCCUCAAACAAAGAUUAUUACCACCAGACCAGAUAAUGUCUCAGCUGUGGUCAGAUCAACAGCAUCAUGAGCAUGUGGUCUUGACUAUAGCGGGGGAUUUCCAUGUUCCACCUUGAGCGCAAGGGAUCCAAUCAGCCGCAGAUCACAAUUGACAGGGAUCCAUGUCCAUCACCAUCUCCAUUAUUAUUGAUGGUCUGAUCCAUUCAGCCUUCUCCAAAAGAACAUACGGUAAGCAUUAUUGUCUUGACAUUUCCAUGAUCACACACAUAUCGAAGUAUUUGAAAUAUUCUCGACAAGGCAGGUACAUUUGGACAAUCUCACCGUUCAGCCAUCAAGACACUAUCAAGAGUCUAGCAUUUCAUCCCUCCUAUCGAUCCCUUGCCCAAACCAUCGUGACCGUCCACCCCACCUCACCACUUCCCCUCAGCUGAGAUUCCACGUUCCUAGAAACGUGUCAUCAGAACAUACUCUCACCACCACCACCACCACCACUCCUCCAAAGACAUGCCACCAACUCCCGCCAACUACAUUGCCUACACUGCGCCGGUCAAUCCAGCGAACGCAAGUCCCGUCCUGACCACAAGCCAGAUCUGGAAGGCGCUGGAGAAGAAGGUGGCCGCAGGACAAGAUUUUGUUGGGGGUGCGAUUACUGCUACAACGGUUCUGUCCACCUCAACCACACCCGAGGGCAACCCAGUCACCGAGCGUGAGGUCACCUUCCGCGAGGGAAACCGCGUUGUCCACGAAACAUGCAUCUCAUUCGAGCCCAUGAAGGUCGAGUUCAUCCAGCCUGACGGCAGCAAGGUCCAGAACGUCCUCUCCCAAGGCCCUGGUGGUGAGCACGACUUAUACCUCAGCUACACUUUUGAGUGGUUGCAUGAGGGCGCAACCCCGGAUGAGUUGGCUGUAUUUAGAGAAAAGGAAUGGAAAGUCGCUAUCAUGGCUGUAGAAAAGACUAUCGAGGUCAUAAGGGCUAUGGUUAAGGAUGGGAAAAUACAAUAGCUUGAAAAUGGUAAUCUGGCUAUUGUCCAGUCUUCUAUGGGUUCAGCAUCCAGGCCCUGAAUUGUCAAAGAAUAUCAGAAGCAUUCGCUGCAUCUUGACAGGAAGUACAUUUCGCUACUAUGCAUAGUAUGGCUGGUUAUCA